AUGAAGCUGCCUUUGAUUUUAUUUCUCAUCCAUUGGAUUGGUUCCGGAAGCCCUCAAGAACAGGAUUUUAUUGUUACGAGUAGUCAAACUGCAACUAGUUUUGAAAGUUCAAUAUCUUCUGUUGCAUCUACAACAACGAGUACCACUACAGUUCGAUCCAUAGGAAAUUUUGACCCAUUAUCGGACGAUCCAAUUCCGAGAGCGCCAGAGGGUAAUCCGACAACAAGACAGACCGGUUUUACGGAUGAGCAACUGGCUGGAGAUCAGGGAGAUCAUGGAGUUGGGUUGGAAACGUUGAGCUUGGAGACAACACUAAUUCAUGUCCAUGCUGUAAGUUAGGAUUUAUGCUAUGAAAAAAAGUAAAAAUCAAGGCUGAAAGAAAGCGCUUUGGCAAAAAGUUUUGGCUUUUUUGGCAAGACGAAUGUUGGAGGUAUGAAAUUCACAAUUUUCUGAAGUUUUGCUUGCGUUUUUCUGUUCAGCGACAGUUCGGAUCAAGGAUAGUAUGGAUCGGAUCAGUUCGUCGAUGCAUGGGGAAGGCCAGGGGAGGCUUAGUCGGCAGAAAAAAUGAGCUUGAUUGGGUCCUAGCAUUGUCCUAGCGUAUCACCUAUUUUGAGCUAUUAUACAUUUACUCACAUCAAUAAUGUCUAGAUAAAAGUUCUGGAUCUUCGUUUUUCGCCACAAAUUUUGCCCUGUUAUAUUUCACAACAACUCAGUGUCAAGAAAACUAACGUUAGUAAUAGCUAAAAUAAAAAAAAGUGGGGAUAUUGCAAGUCUUCGCCAAGUCUCCGUCGAGCCUUCGCCGAGCGUCCGUCUAGCAUUCAACUGCUUUCGCAGACCUCGCAGGGAUUUCCUACAACCUUUUUUUGGGUAUUCACUUGCCUUACACCCCGUAUCGAUCAAUUUUAUUUCUAUAGACCCGAACUGUCGUCGACCCGAAAAGACGAGACGCGUAAAGUUCUCCCUAAUUUUCGUCAAACUAUAUCCCAAAUAUUUUUACAUUAUCGGCUACUCUCGUUCAGAUCUGGCGACAUGGAAAGCGGGCGCCAGAAUGGUUUCCAGCCAACACCCCAUUCGCUGAGCGGGAGUCCUGGCCCGGCGGUCUGAAUUCUCUGACCACAAAAGGCUUGCAACAAUGUUAUCGGCUUGGCGAGCUGCUCCGCGAACGAUAUACAGCCCUUCUGUCUGGUCGCUACACUCCAAACAAAUUCUACGUCCGAAGCUCGGACACGGAUCGGACGAUCCUGAGUGCGGAGGCGAUGAUGAAUGGGCUGGUUAGUGAUGAGGACUACGGAGUGGCUGAUGCGAAACUAAAGGUGUUCCCAGUGCAUACGAUUAGAAAGGACACGGAUAAAGUAAGAGGGAAGGUUUUAAUUUUACAGGGGAAGUGCUCAUAGUGCGAAGCUCAUAUUUUUUUCGAUAUUUUCUACCGAUGUUGUGUCCAGGCCAGAAAUCAAUUUCUGAAAUUAAUCUUUGCAUGCUAAAAUCUUCAUAAAAUGCCGUAUUCCUGCUAGCUUUCGGCCGGAAACUUCUUUUUUUAUUGCUAGCCCAAGAAUAAUGCAUCUGUUGUAGAAAACAAUUAGUCUAAAUUUGUGCCAACUUCCAGCAAAAAAAGUGCGUCUAACUUGGAGAACUUCCAUUGUAACUAAGAUUUUAGCUGUUUUAACUCAGGUUGAGAUGUUCUAAGCUUUAAAUCAUUUACAAUAAAAAAAUUCCUCAGUUUUUCCAUUAUCUCUUCCUCAGGCAACCAAAAAAUUCAAAAUUUCAUUUUCCCGCCAAAAUUUUGACCUUUUGGCAUAGCGUUGCAAGCUUCAAAAAAUACCGGGAAAAUUAGCAAUGUUAUUUUUACUAAUUGGUUUUUCAUUUAUUCCCUUUAUUAAAAAAAUUUUUUUUUAAAAGUUCUCUCGCUUCUCCAUUGCUUAAGAUCACCAUGUUUUCACUUGAUUUUUUCAGCUCCUCAACUUCAACAUUGAAUGCCCAGCGAGAGAAGAGGAGCAAGCCCGGGUCUUCAACGUUGCCGAUUACGGAUUUCCCGCCCUAGGGCAAAAAACCGCCUCAUUUAUGCGCUACAUUCAAAAUCAAACCGGCGAAAACGAGCUGGAUUAUCAGGCGGCCUACAAAGUCUGGGACUACCUCUAUUACCUCGAAGCGGACGAGCGUCAACUGCCGUCGUGGGCGACCGCGGACGCACGCGAAAAUUUGGAGUAUAUCAAUGGGAAAAUCAAUCAGGGCCUCAUGAUGACGCCGAAGCUUUUGCGGCUCAGAGCCGGCCCCAUUUUGAAGGAGAUGUCGGAGAGGCUGCGCAGCAUCGCCAAGGGGAGUUAUUUGGCGGCGGAGAAGUUUUAUGGGUACUCGGCGCACGAUCACACGUUGGCGUUUCUGCUGAAGAUUCUGGGGUUGAAUUUUGAGCGGUUCCCGGAGCCCUCCAGUGCUUUGGUCUUUGAGCUGCAUCGACGACACGAUGACGAGCACUUUGUGAAAGUAAGUUAUGACUGAUAAUAGACUAAAGUGAGAACAAAUGUGCCAGUUUUGCACGAAUUUUGGCACAAAUAGUUGCAUUUGGCUGGCUGUUGCUUUCACCCUGAUUUUUUUCGCAUAGUACAAACGCCGGAAAUCAGCCCUAUUAUUUUCGGGAAAAAUAUUUUCGCCCAGAAUUAAAAAUAUUUUUCCCCAGAAAAGAGCAUUACAGAAAAACUCCUAUUUUCUCCCAGAAAAAAUAUAUUUUCUCCCAGAAAGAAAAUAUUUUUCCCCAGAAAAGAGAAUUAUGAAAAAAAUGCUAUUUUCUCCCAGAAAAGAAAAUAUUUUCUCCCAGAAAGCAUAAUUUUGUAAAAAUAAAACACGGAAUUAGUAAAAAUUGAUGAAUAAGUAACUUUACUAGUAAAAUAAAUUAAGUAGUAGUGUAAAACAAUAUUUGCAAUAAGUUUUUGAGGAAAUACUGGAAAUCGAUGUAAUCGACGGUGCUGAUUUCGAAAAUAAUUCUCAUUUUUUGUGAUUUUUACUUUUUUGUGCUCAAAGAGUGCAUUGACAUCCUGUCUGUGUCGUCUUCUGCGCCAGGAACAACAUUCAGAUUUACAAUAAGAGAAACCCAUCCUUAUUUCCAUUGGGAACAAAAGAUAUCCAAGAAUAAACCAUUAAAGAAUUCAUUCAUACAUGUCUUUGUAUAGAUCGUUAUCUUACUUGUUUUUAAACUCAAUUCAGAAGUCGUCUAAAGUAAUAUCAUCUGGAAGUUGAAAAUCUGAAAAAGAUUGGAAAAACGUGGGAUUUCCAACUUUAUUGUAAGUAGUAAUGUAAAAUACGAUGCAUGGGCCCCAGAUAAGUCAUAAUAUUGGAUUCAAAAUAACUGACAUAUUGACUUGUCGUGCUGAAUUAAACCUUUAGGGUCUCUCUACGUCUUCGACAUCACUAUCGUUUAGAAGGUAGUAAUUUCUGAAUAUCUCUCAUGUUUUAUUCUUGAAUGUCUUUUUUUCCCCGAUGAGUAUAAGGAUUCUCUUAUUGUAAAUGCUGUCGAUGUACACUUCAAUGCACUCUUUGAGCACAAAAAAGUAAAAAUCAUAAAAAAUGGGAAUCAUUUUCGAAAUCAGCACCGUCGAUUACAUCGAUUUCCAGUAUUUCCUCAAAAACUUACUGCAAAUAUUGUUUUACACUACUACUUAAUUUAUUUUACUAGUAAAGUUACUUAUUCAUCAAUUUUUACUAAUUCCGUGUUUUAUUUUUACAAAAUUAUGCUUUCUGGGAGAAAAUAGCAUUUUUUUCAUAAUUCUCUUUUCUGGGGAAAAAUAUUUUCUUUCUGGGAGAAAAUAUAUUUUUUCUGGGAGAAAAUAGGAGUUUUUCUGUAAUGCUCUUUUCUGGGGAAAAAUAUUUUUAAUUCUGGGAGAAAAAUCUAGACCCAUUAUUUUCUAGAAAGACUGGUAUUGACACUCUUAGGAAUGCGGACGUCUUUGGACCACCGCUCUGUAGAAGAGAGACAAAUUAGGAACAAAGUUUAUUGGCAAUGACCACACAUACACAAAAGCGAAGAUAAUUAUGGUAAAAGUUCCUUAUUCUGGCCACAACUUAUAAAUUUGCGAAAACUGGUCAGAAUUGGCCCAAAUUUGGCGUCCGAGCUCAAUUCAUCGUUGUAAAUGCCCGGGCAGUGGAUUUAGUUCGUGAGGUACCUUCUUUUUUACGUACCAACUUACCCUUCAAAAACGGUUACACUUUAUACGAUGAAAACUGUCAGGAACUAAACUUGUUGCCUCCGUGUAGAGCUAAAAGAGUCGGCAUAGCAUUUGCAGGUACCCUUAAAACUAUACGGCUACUAUAGUUAAUCAGUGCCAGGUAGGUUGAAGCAUUUUUUCCUAACUUUAGUUCCCAAGCUUGGGCGCAGCUCGCAGAGUACCUUUGUUGUGGCCGGAAUACGGAACUUUUUCCUAAUUAUGAUUUGAUUUGUGGCUUUAUUUUAGACUGCUCAUGCAAUUUUCCAGCGAUUAUUGAGCGGUCUAUCAACUAUUGAAGUGCCCUGUUUACAGCUUAGCAAGUAAAAAAGAAGUUGACCGUCGUAUUACAAACACCACCCAUAUGUAUGGUGUAUGUGUGGCAACAUUCCCGCCCCCACGCAAUACCUAAUUCCAAAAUUAGAUGCAUUUUUAGGUAGACACUUAUUUGUAUUUUGCGUGUUUCAAUUACUGUUUCUAUUAUCCGGUGGGAAAAAAUCAAGCGUCGCGUGUUUACGCGUCCUAUUGACAUAAUUAAACGUAUUUCUGGUAUAUUCAAAUUUGCUAUUUAAAGAUCUAAAAUAGAAGAAACGUACAUCUUGUGCUGUUUCAUUCUCUUCCACGUUUUUUUGCGAACUAGACUUGAUGCACAUGGCCAAAGAUUUCCGGCACAAGGUUGCGUUUGACACUUUAUAAUACAUGCUAUGUCUUUCCAGAUGUACUUCCGCAACUUCACUGCCGACACAUUUCAAGAGAUUAAGCUACCGCAAUGCCACGGUGACUGCCAUUUACAGACGUUCUUGGCCUUUCUGCAACCGUUCAUUCCCGAGGAUUGGGAGAGGGAGUGCGGGCUGAAGAUGGCGGAUUAUCAGGGCAAUCAGACAUUCUCGAUAUUACUCUGUAAGUAUAUCAUCUUCAUAUGACUGUGGAAAUUUUGCGCAAAAAAUCUAGAGCAGCAAAGCCUUUCUAUAACAAGCAGUGUGAUAUCAGUCUGUUGGAAAAAUAAUGAGCACAAUUGUGUUGCGCCAAUCGCGUUGCAGCUGUGAGAAGCAAUUUGAUUUUACCGCGACACAUGUCAUUUUCUUGGCGGCUGUACGAUUUUCGAAGCGACAGAGGCUCAUUAUUUUCCCGACAGACUGAUAUACAAAUCCUAGUCCCACCUAGUAUAAUACAUCUUACAAGGGAAGUACUCCAAGUGCGACGCUCAGAUUUUCUUUAAAUUUUGCACACACGUCGGUCAUGCACUAAGUACCAAUUCCUGAAAGUUUUAGCUCGCGCUUUGCAAGCGCCACCGAGAUAUUGAAGCCUCUUUGCCGCCGAGAGAGUACGCUAAAAGCGGAGAGCGGUCAAAGAAAAAAGCGUUUUUUGGCUAUAACUUUGCUAGUUUCGUGCGGAAAAAAAUGAUUUUUUGUAUAGGCGCAACGAGCACAAAUGCUUUGUAGAACAAUGGAUGGAAAUUAGAUUAAACCUUUUUUGACUUAUACGCUGUUUUACUACCUUUUAAAAUUAUGUAUAUGUAUGUGUAACUUAUUAUGUAUAUGUAAAAUCCCACCCAAAUAUGCAAGGGUCGGGCAAAAAUCUUCGAAUUUUCUAUGAGGUAAAUUUAAAAAUUUCACUGUAAUUUUGAUUCCUUGAUGUAAAUGAAAGUGUUUAAACAGUUUUUGGUUAACCAUGUACCUUAUAACGUCCAUACUUUUAUAUAGCUAACUUCCUAUAGGAUUAAAAAAUUCAACACAAUCCAACUUUUUGGCUAGGUUUUAGCUACCUAUACGGAUGUUCCAGUCAUCCGACUAGACUUUUUAAUUUCACGCAGACACACGUAAAAACCUUCUGGAAAGCAUAACAACUUCCAAUAGAAAGUGCAAAGACAUUUAUCCAACUUUUCUGUAUUAGCGGGCCAAACCGGGCCGGGCCGGGCCGGCCUGGGCUUUCAUCGGGCCGGGCCGGGCCGGGCCUGAGCAAAUUUGAAAAAGCCCUGGGCCGGCCUGGUCACUUCGGCCCGCGGGCCGGGCCGCAAAAAUCGGCCCGGCCCGGCCCGAUUGCCACCUCUAGGUAGAAAUAGGCAUGAAACUUUUCGUGCCGGAAUUCGGCAAAAAGUCUUAAAUUUUCGCCGACUUUCGAUCUAAAACCCGAUUGUUUCUGCAAAGCGCGAGCUAAGAUUAUCGCAUAUAUUUACUUUGGAAAAAAUUAUUCUAAAUUUGUGCCAAGUUUCAUCAAAAUCUGAGCGUCGAACUUGGGGUACUUCCACUGCUAGUCAUAAUAGUAACUUCAACAAAGCCUUUCUUCAACAGAGCUGUGUACUUUCAAGGCCUUUGCGGUUCGCUAUACAGAGCUUUUACUGUAUCUCUAUUUUAUAACAGUCUGCCUGGAAAAUAAUGUGGAUUCGUCUCUAAGUUGCUCAUCAUCGCUUUGCCAUUUCUAUCUAGCUGCAGCUGGAGAUUUGAUGUGCGACUACGACGAGACUAGAUUUUUUUUCUUGCGACAAAUCCCCAUUAUUUUCCCGACAGAUGGAGAUAGAAUGUAAGAUAUUAGUCUGCCGAGAAGAUAUUGAAAAAACAAUGUCGUUGGGCCAAUUUAGUGCCCGGCGAAACAUUUUUCAGCGAACAUUCCACAUUAUUUUCCCGACGGACUGAUACUCCCAAUUUUUGCAACUUUAACAUAUCUUAUAUUUUUUUUUCAGUUGUCGCAAUAGCCCAAGCCUUCCUGCUGGUCGGUGUGCUCAUCUUCAUGGUGAUAUGCCUUGUUCGGACGCUGCGUUCAACAAAAAUUGUAAAUCCUUUAGAGAAGAUUGACUUCUAA